AUGGUAGACGGAGAUCCAGGGUCGCCUACCUGGAAGUUCACGCAAUGUUUUGGAGAUAAAGGAGAUGUAGAGGAUAUCACAGAAGCGGAUAUCAUUUCGACAGUCGAGUUCGAUCACACAGGCAAUUACCUCGCGACUGGAGACAAAGGAGGUCGCGUGGUACUGUUUGAGAGAAACGAAACGAAAAAAACAUGCGAAUACAAAUUCCACACCGAAUUCCAAUCCCACGAGCCUGAAUUCGAUUACCUCAAGUCCCUAGAGAUCGAAGAGAAAAUCAACAAAAUCAAGUGGUGUAAACGACAAAAUGCGUCCCAUUUCCUGUUAUCCACGAACGAUAAGACGAUAAAGCUGUGGAAGGUGUUUGACAAGUCGUUGAAGGUCGUCGCGGAGAAUAACUUGUCGCAUGAUCUCACGCCGGCUGGCGUGUUGGGUGGUGGUGCCGCACGUCCGCCGCACAUUUCUUUCAAGGAUGCAUCCGCACUGAAACUUCCUCGAAUGACGCACCAUGACACGGUUGUUGCAGCCGUGCCUAGACGGACAUAUGCCAAUGCGCACGCAUAUCACAUCAACAGCAUUUCGGUGAAUAGCGAUGGCGAGACUUUCAUCAGCAGCGACGAUCUUCGAAUCAAUCUGUGGAAUCUCAACAUUCAGGACCAGAGUUUCAACAUCGUGGACAUCAAACCUGCGAAUAUGGAGGAGUUGACGGAAGUUAUAACUGCAUCAGAGUUCCAUCCUACUAGCUGCAAUUUCUUCAUGUAUGCCAGUUCAAAGGGAACCAUCAAGAUGGCUGAUAUGAGACAAAGAGCCCUUUGUGACGAGCACUCAAAACAAUUUGAGCAGGAAGAAGACGCGUCGUCGCGAUCAUUCUUUUCCGAAAUCAUUUCCUCCAUUUCCGACGUGCGAUUUUCCCAUGAUGGCCGUUACAUCCUCUCGCGUGACUACUUGACCGUAAAGAUUUGGGACGUCAACAUGGAGCGCCAACCCAUCAAGACUAUCCCCAUUCACGAACACCUCCGACCACGACUUUGCGAUACAUAUGAGAACGACAGCAUAUUUGAUAAAUUCGAAGUAGUGUUUUCCGGCGACGCACAAAAUGUGAUGACGGGCAGUUACAACAAUAAUUUCAUGAUCUACCCGACCGACCCCGACAAGGAGACAGAAGUUGUAUUGCAGGCGGACAAGUCGGCAUUCAAGGCGAAGAAGGUCGGAGUGCCUACGCCUAUUAAUAAGAAUGGAAAGAAGAAUGGAUCAAGAGCCAACAGUCCUGCUGGUGCAGGAUCACGCAUGAGGAAGGAAACCGACGCAGAUCAGAUUGAUUUCAAUAAGAAGAUUCUACAUAUGAGCUGGCAUCCGUUUGAAGACAGCAUUGCUAUUGCGGCUACGAACAACCUUUUUGUUUUCUCAGCAUUGUAA